AUGAGUGAGAGGGAUUUUGUUAAAAACAAGCCUCUUAUUAAAAUAAAUAAUCACAAGAAAAACUUUUUUAAAGGAAAUUACCUAACCAGCGUAUAUGACGUAACUGUUGCAUACCCUUGUAAAGAAAUAGUUCAAAACGAGGCGGAAAUGUUAUUUAGAGGAAAACUUUCAAGUCAAGUACAUUAUGCAAUUAGGAGAUUUGAUCAAAAUGAAUUGCCCAAAAUGGAUGAAGAAUUGCAUGAAUGGCUACUUAAGUAAA